AUGGGUACCAUGCUAAGUGCAAAAUGCCUCGAAUUGAGGUCCGGCAGCCGCGAAAGAAGUAAAAGCAGUUUGGGCUUCGAACAAAUUAAUUCACCGCAGAACAAACAGAAUGGAAAUUUAAACGCUUUCAGCAGAGACGAAGACUAUUUGAGAAAGCUGUCGAAAUUCAACGAAUGGAGGUCCAGUCAAGUCGGAUUGAAAAACGACCAGGGGGAUAAAACUCCAAAUGUCAGACGUACAAGUCAAGCAGACUUCACACCACAAUCAGAACCUUCCAAACAAAUCCGUUAUUCCUUGGACAACCAUCACAUGCAGUAUAAGCAUUUAGAAAUCAACGACAUCAAUUUCUCAACGCCUCAAAAUCGAAGCAAACAUGCCGAAAACAUCUACGUCACCGAUAGGUCCCAAACAGAUCCUGUUAAAAAAUCGAGGGAACUUGCCAGGAUCGACAUGACGUUCAACAGAAGUUUUAAUAAAAGCCAAAGGCGAAAAUCCAGAAAGGACAUGGUGAAUAAAAAUAUUUUAGAGUCACCAACAAACGGAGAUGUCGAUGACCAAGUGCCUGAUGCAUUUUUGCAACGGGAAAACUCUUUGCCUUACCAGUCGACGGAAGAUACUUACCAGUACGUUGUCAAUAAACAUGGUGAUGUCGUGGAAUACGCCUUGCCUUAUACAGAACGUUCUGUUGAUGUCACAAAACGAGAUUUAUCAGAUAUUAUAGAAAAUGAAUCAAAUUCCGAUCGCUGGUCUGCCAAGGAAAACGAUACGUACUCCAUAACAGAUUCCAUCGACAUCAAAACCAGAAAGAACGUGCCAAACUUGGUGUCCAGGUGUGGCACCAAUGCGCCUAAUGAUAAAGUCGGUAAAAGGUUGUCUGAAGUUGAUAUGAAAUCGGCGACGAGUACUUUGGAGAAACGUAGACAUGUUAAUAGACAAUCUUUGGUGGACGAGGUGCAGCCUGAUGAUCAUAAUCAGGAGUUCUUGGAUGCGAUUGAUGAUCUGGUGAGCUUGGGACGUUGGUCUAAAAGGCAACUUGAGGACAAGGAUGGUCUGGGAAAGGUCAGGAAAAACUGCAAUGUUCCUGUAAUGUUGUCUCAGCUAGAGCCGAUAGAUCCUUCAUCUGACUUCCUAAACUGUCCAACCAUCCACAUCAGUUGUCUAUUCAUCGAAGACAAGCCUUUCCUAAAACAAAGAGACAGCAUUUUGGAAUGGAGGAAGGCGACCUGGUGCAAAGAGGAAGUUUUUAUUAGAUCAUCCAAACCUGAAUUGAUACAUUUGCACAGGACGCAAACGGCCAUGGCUAGAGAUGUACACGUUCUAAGGUAA